CUGAUAACUGCAAUCAAGGGGCGAUCAAUCUUCCCCACAACCUCUACGUGACCCAUGUCUCAGUCGGAAAAGUUGGUUCAAGACCAGUGCAGCAAGCGGAGGAAACCUUGUCCUGUGCGUUGUGCCACCUGGAGAUAAACGCGGAUAUGAUAUCAGGAAAGAAAUACCGGCCCUCGAGUAUUGGCGAGAUGGCUUAGCGGUGUCUCUCCAAACUCGACAUCAUCAGACCUCGAACUCGUCCGUUGAAAGGCCGCUGCAUGUUUUGGACCAUCCGCUAAGCCAAUCCCACCAUCAUGUUACCUCCUGAGGAAAAGAAGCCACUUGGACUGCAACCACCGCAACCACCAAUACCCAGCCCUGAAGAAAAUCCUCCAUUCAAUCACCCCAAUUCGCAACAUACUUCGAUCGUCGAGGAAAAUGAAGAGGAGUUCACAUAUCCGGAUGGAGGCACCACCGCCUGGCUGCAAGUCCUAGCCUCCCACUUGAUCAAUCAAAUCGCCUGGGGCUACCCCUCUUCCUACGGCGUCUACCAACUCUAUUACACCACCACCCUCAACCUCCCCUCAUCGCAGGCAUCCUGGAUAGGCUCGAUCCAGAUCUUCCUCACCUUUGGCAUCUGCGCGCUGUCAGGUCGCCUUGCUGACGCAGGAUACACCCGCCACGCAGUCAUCGUCGGCUUAUUCAUGGCAGUAAUGGGGACAUUCUUGACCAGUUUCUGUCGCAUUUACUGGCAAAUCUUCCUUGCCCAAGGUCUAUGCACCGGACUUGGGAUGGGCAUCAUGUUCAUGCCGGGCAUUACCAUCGUCCGCUCGUACUUCAAGAGACGGAAGACGUUGGCGCUUUCCAUAGUCACCACCGGGACAGGCCUCGGCUCCGUUACGUUUCCCAUUUUGCUGAAUUAUACGAUGCCUCAUGUUGGGUUCGCGUGGGCUGUUAGGUGCCAGGCGUUGAUGAUGCUGGUUCUUGGUGUUAUUGCGAUUGCGCUGAUGAGGCCGCGCCUUGUGCCUAGGAAGCAAGGUCCUUUGAUUGAGUGGGCUGCGUUCAGGGAACGGUCGUACACGUGUUUCGCCAUUGGAAGCUUCUUUGUGUUCCUGUCUCUCUACUUCAGUCUAUUCUAUAUGAAUGUCUUUGCGCGUGAGGUCAUCGGGUUGUCCUUCACUGAAUCCGUCUCUCUGCUGCUGAUUCUAAACUCAUCGGGAAUACCCAGUCGCGUUCUCUCCGGGUUCAUAGCUGGGCACUGUCUGGGUUCGAUCAAUGUGUUCAUCAUCAGCAACGUGGUUGUGAGCGGCAUGUACUUUGCAUGGAUCGGAGUCCACACCAGUCUGGGCCUGUACGUCCUGAGCGUAUUCUUCGGCAUCGCAAACGGCUUUGUGCAAGGCGUUUUCACGCCAGCCCUGGCAAGUUUGACUGUAGACCCUACGAAGAUGGGAGCACGCUUUGGUAUGGUUGCGACGAUCGUGGGCGUAGCUUCCUUGGCAGGGCCUCCUAUCGCUGGCGCGAUUCUCGACGUGUCAGGUGGGAAGUACAUGUGGGCGCAAGUCUGGGCGGCCGUAGUGACGUUGUUGGGCGUAGGAAGUCUUGUCGCUGCUAGAGUAGCGGCCGUUGGGAAUGUGCUGAGAGCGAAGGUGUGAGUGAUCUUGAGUGAACAUCAGCGUAAAAGUACUUCUAGACUUGCAUCAUCCACCCUUGGGGGUCUUGACGAUUCUCAAGCACUAAACUAUGUCGUGGAAGAGAUUGUUGAGGCAGAGGCGGGGUUUGAUCCUCUUAGAUGCCGACAAAGGAACAUCAAGGGCGAAAAUGAACUUGACAUAGCAUAAUACAGUAGCACCAUGGAAGAGGC